AUGAUCGAUUGGCGUCGUUCGUGCUACAUAAUCCAGUCUGUGAAGCCUUCUUAUGGUGUUUUCUAUGGUUUAGGCUUGGCAGUUUGCGAAAUCGACCAAAGAGAGGUGCUGUUGUGCGAGGCGCUCUGCCGUGGAUUGUUGGAUUAUCAAACACCCGCCGAAGCAGCCGCCCUGCUCUCCUGCUUUGUUUACGACAGCCACUGUGAAGGGCGCAGGCCAUUUGUUGUUGCUAGGCUGCAGGCAGUCGCAGAGCGAAUGCUGGAGCUGGCGUGUGAGCUGAAAUAUUUCUCGGCACGAACAGGCGUGGAUGAUGGUGGCAUCGACUUUCAUGUAAGUCCUGGGCUUGUGGAAGCCACCUAUGCCUGGGCACGUGGUAAUCCGUUGUCAUUGGUGGCAGGACAAUCUGGCGCCGACGAAGGCCAUCUGCUCAGAGCCUUCAAGCGCCUUGGUGAGGUCCUGCAACAGGCUUGUAAGGCAUGUCGUCGCCUUGGUUACGAGGCCCUUCAGACACUGAUGUGCGAUGCUCAUGUGGCUAUAAAUCGAGGUGCGCUGACUAAGUCUUCCCUAUACAUCUCAGACGACAUGUGGUAUAGGGACGUCUCCUCCUGCUCAUCGUCCUUCCUUCCUCCUCCCCCUCCACCAACGCCACCACCGCUGCCACCUUUGCCUCCAUUCCCCUCCUCCUCCGCCACGUCCUCCUUCGCCUUCUGUCUUCAUACCUUGUGA